UUUUUUUUUUCUUCCUUCGUGUUCUCCGUCUUCGAAGAGUCUUGUCUUCGUGUUCUCCGCAGGACGACGGUCCGUUCCUCACCGACGAUCCCAUCCUCCGCAUCAAUCUCAUCGCCUUCUUCUGUAACUCUUCUCCGCAUCAAAGGCAUCACCUUCUUCUGUAGCGUCUUCUCCAGAAUCCCAUAUCUUCGUUCUUUUCUGAUUGCAUGGCGGCGAACAGUCAAGGGUAAGCAAAGGGGAGGGAUGAUGAGGAUUGGAUCGAUCACACCUGAAUAUGCAUUCGAUGAUGAGGAUUCGAUCGAUCUUGCGUGUUUCCAUUCCACGAAGCUGGUGUGUUUGUUCAGUGGAUGCUUGCGUUUUUGUGGAUCUUUAAGGCCUUUGUCGAGGUAAUGAUUCAUGCUUUAGUCUUGUUGGAGGCUUAAUUAGGAGCGGAUUGUUUUGUUGCCUAUUAACUGAUUUAGUCUUGUUAGAAGUUUAAUUGAUUGAGAUGUAUAUGUGAUCAACUUAAGAGCUUUGUUAUUGGAUUAACUGACUUAUGUUGAAGAAUGUAUAUGUGAUCAAGUUAAGAGCUUUGUUUAUUGAGUUGUUGCAGUGAAUGAUCUCUGUUAAUUACAUUGUUUUGAUGUAAAGAGCUCUUCAUUCUCUUUAUUAAUUCUUUUCUGUGUCUUGAUUGUUCUGUGUGAGGUGUGUUCGUGGUUGAGGGUGUUGUGGCACAGACAAAGACAUCUACUUCUUCGCAACCACAACCAGAGACUAUUAUUGAGCUUCGAUCUUCUAGAAAAUGUCUCUAUGCCUCUCCAGUUCCUCAAACCGGUGUUUCCGGCAUCCGUCACUCAACUUUCGAGUCUCUCCGUGUUGGUCGUAGUAGUCAGAGCAUAGCCUCUAACCUCCUCGCUUAUGGGAUUCCCUGAACUUCAAGAAAGACAGUGAGUUUAUGGGAAUCACGGUUCUCCUUCUUGAUGAAAAGAUUUCGUGAUUCAUGGGUUUAUUCCCGCCGAACGUGCUAAUCAUUACAUGUCAACCGGUUCCAUUGUGAAAGUCGAUUGUUUUGAGGUUGCUAGGUGCUCAAACAUGUAUAAGAUAAUUGAUAUACGUUCCUCAUUCGUUUCAUCUUACCAACUAUUAUUGAUGAAGUCAUCACGAGUGCUCCUGAGAUCAAUCUCCAAUCAUAAUUAGAUUGUUUGACAAUUUCCAAGUGAUUGCGAACACAAACCUAGAAGUACUCCCAGAUAUGGUUGGGAAAAUCAAUUCUGUCCAAGGCUCUGACCUUAGAAAAGAAACAACUCGAGUCGUUCUCCGUCUCUUCAUUGAUCUAAAUACAAAUGGCAAACAUCGAGAAACUUCAGUUCCCGGCUCUGAAAAUAACUGGCGAAAACUACGUCGGAUGGGUCACAAACGUGAAACCAUAUCUGGUGAUGAAAACGAUAACCGAAACGAUUGUAAUCGGUAACAAAUCACCGCCCGAGCAUAUAGCCGAAGCGAUAAUCUUCCUGAAGAAGCAUUUAGAUGAGAAUCUAACGCACGACUAUGCAAACGUCGAGGACCCAGCUGAACUGUGGCAAGCUUUAAAAGAAAGGUUCGAUAACCAGAGACAAGUCAACCUCCCUCACGCUCUCGAAGAGUGGAAAAACCUGAGGUUCCAAGAUUUUCAAAAGGUUGAGGAUUACAAUUCCGCUGUCCUGAGGAUAGUUUCACUUCUGAAAUAUUGUGGUAACCCUGUCUGUGAGGCAGAAAUGAUGAAUAAAACAUAUAACACUUUCCACAAACAGCUUCACUUCCUGCCCGAAAUUUACAGAAAAUGCGGGUACACAAGAUUUUCUGAAUUGAUGGUUGCGCUCAUGUUGGCUGAAAAGAACAAUGAGCUCCUGAUCAAAAACCACAAUUCCCGACCUACGGGAGCCAAAGCAUUUCCUGAAGUGAAUGCUACGGCGGUAGAAAAUUCGGAAAGGAGGAACCAGACCAACCGAGGUCAUGGUCGUCGUUUCAACAACAAACGUGGAAAAACUUACAAUCACAAAUGGAAGGGAUCUAACAAGUGGGUUAGAUCCGAGCAAGUUUCUAAGGGUAAAGAAACUCAAGGGGACACCACCCAGAAGCGUGAGACCGUGUGUUACAGAUGUGGCUGUAAAGGACAUUGGUCCCGUACAUGUCGUACUCCUCCACAUCUCUGUAAGUUAUAUCAAGAGUCCACGAAAGGCAAAGCUAAAGAAGUGAACCUCACUGAAAACUUUGAAGGGACAUCAUACCUUGAUGCCUCCGACUUCGCAAAUGAGCUGGACUAGAUUACUCCUGAAGAGAACUGAGAUGCUUAUAAUAAGACUAUUGAAUAAUUUUCAGUAUUGUCAUGUAUAAUUAUUACAUUUCCUGUUUUAAACAAAUAAUGAUGUUUUAACGUCACCUUAAUGUAUAAUUAUUGUGUGUUUCCUUAUAUGAUUAUUAUAUGAAUGAAUUUUAUGUUUUUCUUUCAUUAAUGACAAUUUCAGAAAUGGAUCGAAAUACUAAUGGAGCAAAAUCCAAGAAACGGAUUCGUGAAAUAUGUAUACCAGAUAGUGGGACAACACACACUAUCUGAGACAAAAGAGAUAUUUCUCUAAUAUAAAACCGACAAGAAUUGUUGUCAAUACAAUAUCAGGUCCUGCAGACGUGAUUGAAGGAACUGGUAAAGCAAACUUUACAUUGCCAAAUGGAACAAAAUUUUCCAUAAAUAAUGCUCUAUAUUCUCCAAGUUCUAAAAGAAAUUUGUUGAGUUUUAAAGACAUAUAUCUUCACGGAUAUGAUACUCAGUCUGCAACUGAGGAUGGAAAGAAAUACAUGUAUGUAACUUCUGAGCAAUGUGGCAGAAAACACAUAUUGAAAAAGUUUCUAAAACUUCCUUCGGGACUACAUCAUACUUAUAUCGAUGAGAUCGAAUCAAACCUUGUAGUAAAACGGAACCCAGAAGAGUUCACAUUAUGGCAUGAUCGUCUCGGCCACCCAGGCACUACAAUGAUGCGUAAAAUCAUAGAAAGUUCACAUGGCCAUUCAUUGAAAAUCCAGGAGAUUUCUCAAGGGAAAAAAUGACAUGUGUUGCAUGUUCUCUAGGAAAAUUGAUCGUAAGGCCAUCGCCAACCAAAAUCGAUAAAGAAUCACCAAAGUUCCUUGAAAGAAUUCAAGGUGAUAUAUGUGGACCUAUACACCCACCUUGUGGACCAUUCCACUAUUUUAUGGUAUUAAUUGACGCAUCUAGUAGAUGGUCACACGUUUGUCUAUUAUCAUCUCGAAAUAUGGCAUUUGCGAGAUUUCUAACUUAGAUAAUCAAACUGCGAGCACAGUUUCCUGAUUAUACUAUUAAAAGAGUUAGACUAGACAACGCUGGUGAAUUCACAUCCCAAGCAUUCAAUGACUAUUGUAUGGUAACAGGAAUUGAAGUUGAACAUUCCGUUGCUCAUGUUCAUACGCAAAAUGGUUUGGCUGAAUCUUUGAUUAAGCGUCUCCAAUUGAUUGCAAGACCAUUGAUCAUGAGAUUAAAACUUCCAACCUCUGUAUGGAGACAUGCUAUUUUGCAUGCUGAAGCACUUAUUCGGAUCAGACAGAGUGCAUACCAUAAGUAUUCCUCACUACAGUUAGCGUUUGGUCGAGAACCAAACAUUUCCCACUUUAGAAUCUUUGGUUGUGCGGUAUAUGUGCCUAUAGCACCACCACAACGUACAAAGAUGGGACCACAAAGAAGAUUGGGAAUAUAUGUUGGUUGUGAUUCCCCAUCAAUUAUACGAUAUCUCGAACCACAAACUGGUGACGUCUUUACGGCACGUUUCGCCGAUUGUCACUUUGAUGAGAAAGUAUUCCCAGUUCUAGGGGGAGAAAACAAAAAUGUAGAAAAUGAUAUCAAAUGGAGUGUACCAUCAUUACUAUAUCUUGAUCCUCCUACUAAAGAGUCUGAACUAGAAGUUCGACGAAUCAUGCAUUUACAAAGUAUAGCUAAUCAGCUACCUGAUGCAUUUGCGGAUACCAAAACGGUAACUAAAUCUCAUAUACCAGCCGCGAAUGCUCCUGCUUGUAUCAAAAUAACAAAUGAGCAAGGAAAAGCAGACGAUACACGAGAGUCUAAAACACGCUUGAAGCAUGGCAGACCUACUGGUUCUAAGAAUAGAAAUCCUAGAAAACAAAAGGAAGUCGAAAUAGAUGACACACCCAAAAUAGCGGAAAAUAUUUUGGAAGAAACAAAUAAUGAGGAUACUGACAAAGUAGAGCAUAAUGAGUCAGAAAAGAAUCAUGAGAUUUCUAUCAACUACAUCCAUAAUAAGAAGAUAUGGAAUAGAAAUGAUGUUGAUGAUGCUUUCUCAUAUAUUGUGUCAAGUGAAAUAAAUGAAGAAAUCGAUGAUCCAGAACCAAAAUCUGUUUAUGAAUGUCAAAAGAGACAUGAUUAAAAACAAUGGAAAGAUGCAAUACAAGCCGAACUUGAUUCGCUUAAUAAACGAGAAGUAUUUGGAUCUAUUGUACUCACACCUGCAGAUGUGAGACCAGUUGGGUACAAAUGGGUUUUCGUUCAAAAACGAAAUGAGAAAAAUGAGGUUACGAGAUACAAAGCUCGUCUUGUAGCUCAAAGUUUUUCUCAAAGACCUGGAAUUGAUUAUGAAGAAACGUAUUCUCCAGUUAUGGGUGCAAUCACGUUUAGAUUCCUAAUGAGUCUAGCCGCUGAUAAAAAUCUAGAGAUGCGUCUCAUGGAUGUUGUUACAGCUUAUCUAUAUGGAUCAUUAGAUACUGAUAUCUACAUGAAAGUUUCUGAUGGUUUUAAAAUGCGAGAAGCAUUAAGUUCCAAACCUAAAGAGUUAUGCCAGAAGCAUUAAGUUUCGACCACCUGAAAAAAAUGAAGAGAUACUUGGUCCGGAAGUACCAUAUCUAAGUGCAAUUGGAGCGCUGAUGUAUCUUGCAAAUUGUACACGGCCUGAUAUAUCAUUCGCUGUUAAUCUUUUGGCAAGAUUCAGCUCAUCUCCCACACGAAGACAUUGGAGUGGAAUUAAACAUAUUUUUCGUUACCUUCAAGGGACCAUUGAUUUGGGUUUGUUUUACCCCAAAGAUUCAAAAGGUCAAAUGAUUGGUUUUGCAGAUGCAGGAUAUCUUUCAGAUCCACACAAAGCCCGAUCACAAACAGGAUACGUUUUCACGAUCGGAGGCACUGCUAUAUCUUGGCGUUCUCAGAAACAAACGCUCAUGGCUACUUCUUCAAAUCAUGCUGAAAUCAUCGCACUCCAUGAAGCAAGUAGAGAAUGUGUUUGGCUAAGAUCAAUAAGCCGACACAUCCGUUCAAGCAGUGGGAUUGACGGAAAUACAGAGCCAACUAUGCUACAUGAAGAUAAUGCGGCAUGUGUUGCUCAAACAAAUGACGGAUAUAUCAAAAGUGAUAGAACGAAGCAUAUUCAUCCGAAGUUCUUCUCAUACACUCAAGAGCUCGUGAAAAAGAAAGAGAUUGAAGUAAGAUAUGUCCGAUCAUGCGACAAUGCAGCCGACCUUUUUACAAAAUCACUUCCGACUUCGGUAUUCAGAAAACAUGUCCAUAAUAUUGGAAUGCGUCAUCAGAAGGAUCUAUGACUGCUCCUUCGAGGGGGAGCUUACGUAGUUGUACUCUUUUUACCUUACUAUGGUUUUUCUCAUUGGGUUUUCCUGGAAAGGUUUUUAACUAGGCAACAAAGACGUUAAGCAAGAAGUAAUAGUGACACUGGUUUCCAAGGGGGAGUGUUAUAAACAUGAUGGAGAAACGUCAAUGUUUGCUGCACCGAAAACAUUGACAUUGUAUGAGAACGUAAAAAUAUGUGGAGCCCACCGUCACUAUGCAUGCACAGUAACUUUAUCUUUUUACUUCUAUAUAUACGAACGUUUUCGUUCGAUUGUAAUACACAUCAUCUCUUCUUCCUCUUAUAACAUAUUCUCUCUCGUUAUUAUUUUGUAUCAGUAGUAUCUCCUUCCUGCGGGUAUAAAAUUUCGCUCUUAUUUAAAAUUUUCGAUACUAUAAAAUUAUAAGUUAUUUUAUAACAUUAUUUUGAUUUAUAUCGGUUAGAGUUUUGUUUGUCAGUUUUUCCUUAUAAGAUCUGAUCAAUAGUUAUGAAUCCGUUUAGAAAAAAAAAAGAAAAGAAAAGGAAAAACAAAGGGUUUUUUGCCAAAUAACAAAAAAAAAGAGUAAUUAUAUUUUUAGUAAGAAGUUAGAGAGAGAGAGAAAGGUUUAGAAAUAAGGAGAGAUGUUUUUGGUUAGAUAGUGGAUUUGUGUUUUUUUAAUGGUUAUAGGGUGCAAAUUCUGAAAAACAAAUGUUGCAAACUUAGACAAUUGGACAAAAGAAAACAAAUUUAAAGUAGAAGCUGAAGCUGUAAUUUCCUGAGAUGUUCUGUACUAGUUCGUGAAGUCCAUGACGUAUUACAAGACGUGUGUCAAGAAAUUGAAUUGUGAAGAUAUUUACGAAAAGUUUGUCGAUUGUGUAUGUAUAUGAAGCUUGGAAAAGAAAAGAUAUUAUAUGGUUGGAGACAGAGGACAUCAAGCGGGAUGUUGAUGUUGACGUGUUGUCGUGCUCGUUGGUAUUUUCGGUGUGUGUUACAUGUUGACGUACUUGGUGAAAUACUCGGUGAUAUAUAUUUGGAGAUUUGGAAGUUGAAGUCGAGACUCAGAGGAAGUGUAGCUCAGGGUUAAGUUAUCCCGAUAAAAUCUGGACUCUAGGGGAGUUCAACUCAAGAUAGUUUGUCUUGGCGAGUUAUGAUAUAAAAGAGAUUGGUGAUUCAAGAGGGUUGUGCUUGUGCCUGUAUUACACAUUUGCGAAUUGGUUGUAAUUUGUUUUCUCAUUCUAGUGGAUUCGAAAUCUGCACGAAGUCUGAGGAAUAGGAAACGAACCAUGUUAAUAAUUUUUAUGUGUCGUUUACUUUCUACUCUAUAAUUCUCGUCUCAUCCGUAUUUACAGAAGCAAUUUCUUUUUUUGCUGAAACAAGUAUGAUACAAUAGUUUCAGAGAAAUUUUUUAGGAUGAAUCUAAAUUUUUUUUAUCACAAAUAUAGUCUGAAGGUCAAAAUGACCAAAAUGGUAUUAAAGAGGUAAAUAGACAUUCGUAUCUCUAGGGUUAACUAAUUUAAACUUAAGGUCUAGAUCUGAGGGAUAUAGUUUUAUGGUGGGGGUUUGGGGAUAGGGUUUAAAAUUGUAGAAAAUAAAUAAAUACUUAAUAUUUAAAAUAGUCUCAAAACAAAUUUUUGAAUUUCAAAAUAAAAUUUU